AUGAAUAAUUAACAAACAAUUUCAAAUAACUCCAAGUAAGAACAAUAACCUGAUGAGGAAUCUUAUGAUGAAGAAGAUGAUGAAGAUUUAUAAGAGUACACUCAAUCAAAUAAUCUAAAAUAAUUGUUCAAUAAUUAGGGUAUUUUCAAAAAACCUAAAAAUAAUAGAUUCUUUCAUGCAGCAAAUUAAUCUUUUGAAUGAAUAGGCUACUGCUAAAAUAAAAUAAUAAAAACAUAAAGAGGCAUUGAAAUUAUUAUAAUAAUCUGAAUAGAUGCUAGAAGUAUCAUAUCCCAUAAUAAAUAUUAUUAGUUUGCUGCCAGUUGUGGUAGAGUAAUUGAUAGGAACUUAAUCAUUAUUAUCUUGUAUAAUUAAGCAUGUGCCUAUUAAUGGUAUCCUUGUAUUUAAAAUAAUUAGUCAAUGGAUCCUUGAUAAAUGUUCUAAAUAUCUUGAUGGAGUAAUUUACAACAUGGAAAUUGGAAUCAAAGAAGAUGAAUAAGAUUUGUAAACUUUAACAAAUGUACAAGAAAAAUAAGCUUAACUCAUUAAAAGAUAAGCAUUUUUAGUUAAAGCUUAUUUAUAAUAUACUGCAAUAUUAAGUCAAUUAGGAAAGUAAUUUAGAAUUUAUAUAUAGACAUAAGUAAGCUUUGAUUAAUUCUCAAAAAGCAGCAUAAACUAUGAGAGAGUUAUUUAAGAUAGCCAAUUCUUUUUGUUAAUAGUGGCUAUAAGUUAAUGGCUCUUAAGGUACUGCUACAACAUCAUAAUCUAUUGUUUCAGUGAGAAGUAUGUUACUUUUUUUUAAAUCAUUUAGAUGAAUCAUCACAUAAUGUAGAUAAAAAGAAGAAGGGUUAAACUUAUUAACUUAAAGAUGAAAUUGAAUUUGGUAGACUUGUAAUUGAUAGUGCCUAAGAUGUAUUAAAGGAUAUGAUUAAACAAGAAGAUUUAACUUCUAUAAGACUAGAUUAGAAAUAAUUACUUAAAGAAACAAAAAGAUAAUUGUAUAAUUGGAGAAACAAUCCAGAAAAUAAUGAAAAAUCAAUUAGAAAAGAAUUAAAAUUAGUAACUUAAAAUGAAGAAUAUCGAUCUUUGUUGGGUAUUCAAAAUUUGGCUGAAUGGAUUAAAAACUUUAAUAUUGGAUCAAUUAUGCAUAUGGCUCCAUAAAUUUAUGAAGAUUUCACAUAAUUUGGUGAAAUGAUAUUUGAAUUAGCAAAAAGAUAAUUAUUGGAAAAAGUUAUCUAUCUUUCAAUUUCAUAUUUCACAAUUGCUACUGAAUUAAGAUUUGUUGAAUUAGAAAAAGCUAAGUAACAUGGUGUUAAAGAUGAUAAAAUAGAUACUGAAGAAUUUAAACUAAGUGAAUUAUAUCAUCUUAAAUCUAUUGAAAUUGCAUGUAGACAUAUCAUUUAUCAAUCCCCAUAUAUAUCUCAUUUAAUUACAAGUUAUCAUAAACAUUAUAAUAUUAAUUUAGAUGUUAUUAGAGAAGAAUCAUUAUAAUCAAAUGCAUCUGAAAAAAAAAUAAUAGAAGAAUAAGAAUAAUCAAAAAUUAAAGGAAAAGUAUUACAAAUAUAAAUUAAUAAAGAUAUUCCAAAUUCAAAAUUUGAAAAAUAAGAUUAAUCACCUAAAUUAACUGGUAAUUUUAUUAAGUCAUUUCUUAAUUCAAGAUCACCACCAAAAUAAUAAUAAUAAUAAUCAGUUAAAAAUCUUAUUAGUGAAACUGUCAAAAUAUAAACUAAUCUUUUAGAAUAGAUGAUUAAUAAAAAAAGAGGAUCUGAUUCAUCUCCUACUAAUUAAAAAAAUUUAACAAAAUAAUAAAAUUAAGCAGACUUUGAUUUCAGUAUUUAUUUAAAAAAAUAAUCUAAUCCAUGUAAUACUAGUAAUUUAAAUACUGAUACUACAUAAGAUAUCAUUAAUAGUGUUAUGACAUUUCAAUUAUAACCAUAUAAGAAUAACAAUAUCAAAAAUAAUUUAACUAAUAUAAUUAAAUAAUAAAGUCCAACUAAUAAUAAUAAUAAUAAUAAUACAUAAUUAAAAUCCUUACUUUCAGAUGCUUGUAGAACAGAGAGAUAAGUUAUGACUGAAUAAUAAAAUUCUUACACUCCUAUUAGUUAUAGAGUUAAUAAUAGAUCUCCAGAUUCAUCAUAUCUCAAUGCCUAAAAAUAACGUUAGUAAUAAUUACAUCAAAACAAAACUCCAUAAAAUAGACCAAGAACUAAUACUGAAUAAUAAUAUCCAUAACCAUGUAUUUAUUUAUAAAUUAUUAUAUAUAGCUUUUCCAUUAAAAUUAGAAACUAUUCAAUAAUUAUUAAGAAACAAAACAAUUAAUAAUUAGAAAAUCAAAUGA